AUUUCUGAUAAAAUAAUUAUAUAUGUAUAUAGAAAAUAGCUAAUGGAACAUUAUGCGAUGUGAUAUUGGUAGUUAUCAAAUGUAUGGUCGGGAUAGAUCAAGGGACCCUGUAAACAUAAUAAUCUACCUAUCAAAAUUGGUCGCAUCUGGUAGUUAAGCAACUAAGACUGCUGCUUGUGUUAAUUCAAGGAUGAAACAAAAACUGACGUCAUAUUGUCAUUUAGAAAACAGUAAUACAAUCAUAUGCAUGUGUUAUGUGUGUCCUUUCUUUUUCCUUUAUUGCUGCCUUUUCACACUCGGAUCGAUGUAGCCUGGACAUGGAUGAGAGAAUUUGAUUUGGAUGAGUAACCAAGCAACUGAUUUUACAAAAAAGGGAAACAAAAAAGGAUACAGGAACAUAUAGAAAAAAAAUUUACUAGCAAAUUACAUAUAUUUGUUUGUUAAAAUUUGUUGUUGUAGAAAAUAUUAUAAAAUAUUUUUUGGUUUAGAUGUUUCAUUAUAUUUUUCCACAACUACCCCAAAUUAGCUUGAGGAUACAGGAAACAUGACAUUUCAUAUCAUUAUUUUCCCACCAAAAUCCUUAACCAUGCUAUAAAAAGCAACAAAAUGCCUACUUUUUCUAGUGUCUGGCUCAAAUGGCCACUUGAUACAAAGUAUGGGCGAGUAUAACCGCCUUGCCUCAUUGGGCAAGCAGCUGGUAGGGGCUUUGGCCAAAGGACCAUAGUUUCUUUCCCAAUAUGAGCUAGAUCAGCACGUAACAAAGGCCGAAAGGCCAGAACAACCAAACAAGGGCUCAUAGCCCAAAUGAAGGCCCGUCAAAGGCCUAACCAAGAGAUAAUGGAGGAUGUCCACCAUAGUCUGCUGUACUGGCCGGUACGGGCCGGUACGUACUGAUCCGGCCUUAGAUUGGUAUCGGAUCCACGUGGAAUCCGGUACCGGGUGGUUUUUAUAGGAGAGCCGACUGGUAUGUGGUCCGUACUGGCAUCGUACCGGUGCGAACUGGCCGGUUCGCACCGGUACGCCAUUUUUUUUUUUAAACAACCAUAGUGCCGUGCGCUGUGGUUUUUGAAACCACUGCGCCGCGCGUGGUUUCAGAAAGAGAGGCCACUUCUUUCUUUUGAAAAAAAGAAGUGGCCAAGAGGCCACUUUUGUUUGUUUUGAAAAAAAGGAAGUGGCCUCGGCCACUUCUCAUUCUUUUGAAAAAAAGAAGUGACCGACAACGGCCACUUCUUUUUUUAAAUUUGGUGGUUGAGAUAGCAGGCAAUGGCACAGUCACUCGUCCUGCUCCUCGGCCUUCCUCACUCGUUCGGUUAUAAAAACCGAAUGAGAGCAUCCAGAGUUCUUAAAUCCAGCGAGCUUCUGAGGGAUAACCAGAGAAGGAAAGAUUUGAGAGAUAGCCCAUAAAUUCAGGAGGAGUUCCUUCCAAAAAAAUCCAGCGAAGACUAUUUAAGGUGUGGUUUCUUUGUCCUAUGUUAUUUCAUUAAUUUUGUUAAUAAGUAGCUUAAAAAAAUAGUUUAUAAAUUGCUUAAAAAAAUAAGAUCAUGCUAAAAUUUACUCCAUUAGCUUAAUUUUUUGAUAUGUUGCAUAUUUAUGGUAGGAAUGAAGCCAUCAAGAAAAACGAACCCUACAAAGAGUGAUAUUGGUUGGUCUUAUGGGCGAGGACUUAGAAGAGAGGGACAACGACACCAGUUUUAAUGUAACUUUUGCGACAAGAUCUUCAAGGGAGGAGGGGUAAUCAGGUUGAAGCAACACUUAGCCGGAAAUUCCGGUGAGGUUGCUACGUGUCCGAAUUGUCCGGACGAGAUUCGUGUGCUGAUGAGGUAGAAUCUCGUUGAGGUCAAAAAAGCGAAGGAGAGGAUUUUCAAGAAGAGGAUGAAGGUGGAUUGCCGAGCGGCAGAGCUACCUUCCUAUCACUCUAGAGUGCCAGAGGAGGUUGAGGAUCUUGAUGAGGAGGAGGUAAAUAUUCAGGCGGCCAUGCAGGCAAGCCUGGAUAAUCAGUGGCAACAGGAGGAGAUGGCCAGGCAUAGGGCUCGAUUUGGGCCCUCUGCAUAUGAGUCGGGCGACGGUUCUGGGAGCACUAGACAAGAUCCAGAGUUCUUGAGGACAACUUCAUUCAGGAAGGGCGUCGACAAAGAACGUGGCCGGAUUGCAUCUAUGCUGGAUAGUUUUGGUAGCUGAAAGAAGUCAUCUUGAGAAAUUCCAUAAGGAGCGACAAUUAAUGAUGUAGAUCCGCAUGCUCUCCGCAGCAGAGAUUCAAGGCAGCAAGGGGUAGAUACAAUGUGGAUGAAGGAUAAGAAGAAACUAUGUGGCGAGCUAUUAGAUCCUUGUUUCACUUCAGCCACAUUCCAGCGAAUGUGGCAGACAAUACGUACUACAGGUCUGCCAUUGCCGCCAUACAAGCUACCGGUCCCGGUGUAGUUCUUCCAGAUCCGAAGGACAUCUACUGUGAGCUUCUUGACAACAAUAAGGAGCUGGAGAAUUGGAUUGACUCCUACAAGAGCAAGUGGCCCAUAUAUGGACUAACCAUUAUGUACGAUGGUUGGACCAAUCCGACUAGGUGGAGCAUCAUCAACUUUUUGACAUAUUGUGAUGCAAAGACCUUCUUCCAGAAGUCGGUUGAUGCUUCGGCUUAUGUGCACAACACUGCGUACAUGCUGAAACUUAUGGAGAAUGUGAUUGAUCUGGUAGGAGAGGAGAAUGUCGUGUAGGUCGUCACUGAUAAUGGGCCGCAAUAUAAGACUGCCGGGAAGAUCUUGAUGGAGCGGCGACCACAUAUUUUUUGGAUCCCAUGUGCUGCACAUUGUAUUGAUCUCAUGCUAAUGGAUAUUGAAAAGAUCCGUAGGGUGCAGCAAACGGUGGAGACAACCCAACGCAUCACCAGGUAUAUUUAUAACCAUAAUUGGGUCCUUUCACUGAUGAGAAAGUAUGCAGGGGGAGAGAUUCUGAGACUAGGAGUCAUACGGUUUGCUACCAACUUCAUCGCACUUGAUAAUAUUCUCGAGAAGAUAGGAGCCCUACAUCAGAUGUUUGUCAUUCCCGAGUGGCAUGAUAGUAGAUAUUCUUAUGCCGGCACUAAAGGGAGCAAGAUAGAAGACUUGGUGACGAGACAGUCAUUCUGGCAGCGGGCUACUACAAUAGUCAAGGCUAUCAAACCAUUAUAUGAAGUGCUGCGGGCCGUAGAUAGCGAGAUUUACCCCCAGAUGGAAUUUUUGUAUCACAUGAUGGUUAAGGCAAAGGAUCAGAUUAUGGAGACAGAUUCAGCGCAUGGCCAGUCGUACAUCAACAUCAUUGAGCGACGGUAGGGAGCACAAAUGGGUAAAAAAUUGCAUCUAGCAGGUAAGCAAGAAUAUUGACAAUUAAAGUGAUGGAUGUACUUAUGUAAUUAUGCUAAGAUAGUCUCGUAUAUGUGCAACAUACUAUCUAAACCUCCGGUUUCAGUACAGUAUAGAUGGAAUUGAUAUGGAUGAAACACUUCUGGAUGCUUUGCGCAAUAUGAUUUACAAGAUGGAGCAUGAUCCAGAAAAAGCGGCCCUAUAUCUUGAAGAGAGCAAAAUAUUUAGAGAGGGCAGCUAUAGUUUUGGCCAACGAGCGGCUGUCGUCAGCAAACACAAUAUAAAUCCAGCUGAAUGGUGGGUGCAUUUUGGCGGGUUCGCAAGAAAUUUAAAGCGGAUAGUUAUCCGAAUCUUCUCCCAAACAGUCUCCUCUAGUGGCUGUGAGUGCAAUUGGUCUACCUUCGCCCUCAUCCACAACAAACAAAGGAACCGUUUGGCACAAAAGCGUCUCAACGAUCUUGUUUAUGUGUGCUACAAUUUGCGGUUGAGGCUAAAGUGCAUUCAAGAGGAAGCAGAGCUCAAGUAUGCAGAUCCUAUGUAUGGGACCAUCACCGAUGAUGACGAUGAUCUACUGCUCGACUGGCUUGUAGUUCAGCAGCAGGAGUCCGAACUUGACGAGCCAGGAUCGCUUCCACGGCCAGCUAGCUUCAUAGCCACCGAGGCUAGGGUCGAUCCAGAGCAAUGGGCUGAGCGCAAUAUUUCACGCACUCCCAGAGCUGAUUAGCUGCAGUCAUAGGGGAGCCAGUCACCACAUGAUUUGUACGAGACACCCUCCGAGAGAGCUGAUCGAGGGAUGCUCAGUAGAGAAGGGCGACAUAGCCAGACAGAGAGGGCCAGAAAGGAUAAACAAAGGGUUCCAAUGGAGAGUAUCGAGGAGGAGACUUGGACUAGCAGCGAUGAAGGUUCUGGUAGUGAUGGAUCUUCUAGCCAUGGAGGGAGCGGAGGACAAUAUGGUACUUAUGAGACACAGCCAGAGGGUGGUCUUCAUUUCACCGGUGAGUCCCAAUUUACGGGUGCUACACAGGAUACGGACCACGGUCGACCACCUGACAGAUUCUGUGAGGAUAUCAUUGGAUAUAGAAGACGGGCUCCUCGAAGUCAUUCAGGAAGACAGGAUAUAGCUGCAGAUGAGCUUUUAUACGGAUACAGAUUCUAUUAUCCACAGCCUCAGCCUGACGAAUAUGGAUAUGGUGCAUCGGAUUUUGCUUCCGUCAUAUUUCGAUGGGCCCCUACACAAUCAGAGGACACCUCUUAGAGCCAGAGCGUGAGCGAGAGAUCCGACAGUUCUUAUAACCUGGCGCGCGUUCUUUCUGAUUGGGUUGAUCUGCCUCCUCCUGACUAUACUUAUGAUCCGGAUAUCUACGAGAGCCAUCGGCACUCGUCCCGAUUUUGAUAUCCGAGAGUGCUUUAAAUGUAUGUAAAUGAUUGUAUCUUAAUUUGAAGAUGUGUAUCAUUUUAUCAUUUGGAACGGAAGGAAGUAAUAACAUGCAUCAUUUAUGUUUCAAAUUUCAACCCUAAAUUUAAAUAUAGAAACAUCAAAAAUCAUGAAAAAAGCAAUAAAAAAACAUCAAACUUUACUUAAUACUUAAUUUAAGAUCCAACAGAGACAACACUUAAAAAAAAAAACGGUAUGGACCGGACCGGUACCGUACCAGUUCGGCUGGCCACCAGUACGCCGACCGGUACCGGUACGGCGGACCUUGAUGUCAACAUCCUCUUCCAUAUCUUCACAAGUUCUGAGACUCUUUUCUCCCGUACUACCGAACCUCUCUAGCUUUGGAGAAGAAAAGUUCCACCUUGCUCGCAACCAACAACAAUGCACUUCUAAGAAUAAGUGGCAAGGCCUAUCAGUGUCAGAGAAGGAAGCCAAAUUUAACCUAUGAACUCAAGCUUGGAACCCUCCCAUCCCUUCCACAUGUUAACUUUGCCGGUACUAUUCUCGCUUCCUCGAGCAACAACCAGACCGCCUAAACAUGGCCCAUUGCUGCAGGGCCGAAAAUGGAGAGGAUUUCGCGGACUUUCUUACUCUAGAGGGGAAGGUAGAGAGAGACAAAAAAAAAAGAAAAUAAAACCUACUUCCAUUAUGGUGGAUAAUAUUCAUUGUUAGAAAGGCCAACUCCACCAUCAAUCUGCAAAAUCCAUAUCCAGAUAAUUUGAUAAGUAUUUAAGGUUCUAUUGCAUAUGGUGAAUGCAGGAGUCCAGUUUGCACAACAUUAAGUUGUUGCCUUUUCCUUGAUACAACAUGCCUUUGUUCAUGAUCCCAACAAAAGCGAAUUAUAAUUAUAGUUCGACUAUGCAUAAUUUUAGUUCAUUAGGCAAUAUAUUUUAACAACUUCUGCAUUUAUAAAUUGUAGUAUUGACAUAUGUUGACAAUGGCAUUUGGCAAGUGCAAUGCAAUCAGAUGAAACAUGGAUGGCAAUGUUCUUAUUUUCUUUUUCUUUAUUUAUAUAUUUUUUUAUAAAGAACUUAGAAUAUCUAAAGAUGCGACAUAGAAAAGCUAUCUUCUAGAAUGCAAUGGGUUGUUAAAUGGUUUCCAUUUUUCUUGCUGGUGAGCUUUCCUAUUUUGUCUUACCAUACAGAACAUGAAUUUUUUAAAUAUGAGAUUGUGUAUAUAUCAAUGAGUGUGUAUUUGUAUACAUAUACACCAUAUCUAUGUAUAUACAGAUGCACGUAUCAUAGUUAUAGGACGUUAGACUAAAAUGAGAGAACUUUACAUGCAUUGCCAAGUUCAAUUAUGUGGUUUGAAAAAUGAUAACCAAAAUUGUUGGAUUCUGUCUCCAAGCUUUAAAAUGCUUAUAGGAAGAUUUCAUAUGAUUUGAGCGCACAACAAUGCUUAUAGGAAGAUUUCAUAUGAUUUGAGCUCCCCCCCCCCCCCUCAAGCUACCAAUGAAAAGAAAAAGAAAAAGAAGCAUACUAUGCUGCUAGAACUAUUUGGUGGGUGUGAUACACCCAAGGGGUCCAAAGCAUAUGUUUUUUUAAGAACAUGUAAUCAUUUCAGUCCUUGUAUAUCACACUAGUGGUUCAUUUUGUUUUGCUUUCACCAUCACUAAAUUUGCAAGUGGGUAUACGAGGGUUCAUGUGGGUGUGUGUUUAGUCCCACAUAGUUAUGCAUUGGGCAGAUCUUAGAUACUUAUACAGGGCUAAUAUAUCUAAAGAGUACCUUUUGAAUAAUCUUUUUGGAUGAGGUUCUGGGUUGUUGCAAAUGGUAUCGAAGUGGACCCGGCUCAUAGCAUAUGUGGACUAGAGAACACUGUAAUAUAGGCUUUUCUGGGACUGACUAUGGGUUGAUUGUUGUGUUUGUGAUUGUAGUUGGACCUUUGGCCUAGCGAGGAUGCAAGAGAUUAAAUAGGGAGUGUGUGAGGGCUUUUGUGGGCAUGUACUUAAUUUCACAUUGAUAUGUGCACAUAUCCUUGUUACUUGAACCGGGCCAAGUAAUCCAAACACAUUCUGACUAGCCUUUUGGGAUUAAGGUGUUGGAUCGUUAUAGUGUAAACCUUUUUUUGCAACUUGCACAAAAUAACUAUACCCUUAUAUGGAUACAAACAGAGAUAUGUAGGGACUGUUUAGUUUCCUGUAAUUAGCAUCCUACAGUUGCAGUUGACUGCAAUUGAAUUGCAAGCAACCAAAACAAGUGUUUGGAGGCCUGCUAUUGCAAUUGCAUGUUGCAGUUCAACUCAGGAAAA